GUGUAGACCCACCACCACCAUCAACUGCAGAAAGUGUAGAGCCACCACCACCAUCAACUGCAGAAAGUGUAGACCCACCACCACCAUCAACUGCAGAAAGUGUAGACCCACCACCACCACCAUCAACUGCAGAAAGUGUAGACCCACCACCACCACCAUCAACUGCAGAAAGUGUAGACCCACCACCACCAUCAACUGCAGAAAGUGUAGACCCACCACUUCCACCACCACCUGCAGAAAAGGUAGACCUACAUCUACCACCAACAUUAGAAAGUGUAGACCCACAACUACCACUAACACCUGCAGAAAAGGUAGACCUACAUCUACCAUCAACAUUAGAAAGUGUAGACCCACCACUACCACCUGCAGAAAACGUAGACCUACAUCUACCACUAACAAUAGAAAGUGUAGACCCACCACUACCACUAACACCUGCAGAAAAGGUAGACCUACCACCACCACCACCAACUGCAGAAAGUGUAGACCCACCACCACCAUCAACUGCAGAAAGUGUAGACCCAGCACUUCCACCACCAACUGCAGAAAAGGUAGACCUACAUCUACCACCAACAUUAGAAAGUGUAGACCCACCACUACCACUAACACCUGCAGAAAAGGUAGACCUACAUCUACCACCAACAUUAGAAAGUGUAGACCCACCACUACCACUAACACCUGAGGAAAAGGUAGACCUACAUCUACAACCAACAUUAGAAAGUGUAGACCCACCACUACCACUAACACCUGAGGAAAAGGUAGUCUCUCCACCAGAUAAUAUUGACAGUCAACUUGAAUUAAAAAAUACUGAACAUAUAAGGAAGAGAGAAAAGAAGAGAAGAAAGUAUUUAGCUGCCAAGAGGGGAGGAGCUGUGGUGCCCUCACCACAUGUAGAAUCAUCAUCAUCAGAAAGCCAGGGGACAGAUACAUCUAGUAAUAGUGACAGUGAGUCAGAUAAUGAUUUGAAAAAAAAUACUGAAUUGCUUAGGAAAAAAAAACGCAGGAGAAAGAAGUCCAGAGCUACCAAGCAAAGAAAAGCCCUUGUACAUGAUGAUGAUGAUGAUGAUGAUUCAUGCAUAUCGUCACCAUUUCCACCACCCCCAGUGGAGGAUUCAUCAUCAGGAGAAAUUGGUGGUUUUUCGUCUGAAGAUGAAGAGAUGGCACGGUUAAGACUACGCAACCACAAUGCCAAAUUAAUAGAAGAGACCUGGCGUACAGUAUAUACUGAACCAGCACACUACUCUGAGUCUGAAGAUGAUAGUAGUAGGGAAGAUGAUGAUGGAUGGAGUACAAUGCUGAAAAAACGCCAUACACGUCCUUUCACUGGUAACACACCUGGACCCAGCAUUGAUUUGGGUAAGGGGGCAAAACCCAUUGAUGCUUUCUAUGCCAUCUUUCCAAGAUCUCUGGUGAAAGGAUUAUGGAAAGAAACCAACAGGUAUGCCAACUGGUGCAUCACUAAGAAUGGAGGGGAUAGAUUCUGGUCUCCUGCUAGCAGCGAAGAAAUAAGUGCACUGAUUGGUAUAAUUGCUAUCAUGGGUGUUGAUUCGAAACCAGAGAUAGCAGACUACUGGUCCACCUACCAAGCAAUUAGAAAUGACUACAUUGCCAACAUCAUGAGCCGCAAUAGGUACCAAAAGCUGAUGCAGUAUUUUCACUGUAACAACCCAGAAAAUGACCCAAUGAAUAUAGUCAAUGAUGAAGAACGCAGAAAAAGAAAAAAAGAGGCACCUCUAUAUAAAGUACAGCCAGUACUGGAUGCUGUCUUCAUCAAGUCCCGGGAAUGUUACAACAUGCACCGUCAAAUUUGCAUAGAUGAGUCCAUUGUUGGCUACAAGGGUCGUUAUGGAGGAGUACCUACAGUUUCUAUUCAGAGAAAACCCAAUGGUAAGGGAUUCAAAAUAUAUGCCUUGGCUGAUAGCAAAACUGGAUACAACUACAGGAUUGAGAUCAUGUCAAUGACUGGCAGUCAUGAACAGUAUAGUAGGGAAGUGUCCAGAACAAGGGACCUGUGUGAAAGACUUAUCAUUGACAUAAGGGGACGUCAUCAUAUCCUGUACACUGACAGUUAUUAUACCAGUGUAGAUAUGGUGAAUUACCUGCUAGAAAAUCAUGAAAUAUAUGUGGUUGGCAGCGUUAGGCAAGAUAGAGUGGGAUUCCCAAAUGCUCUCCGUACCAACCCCAAGAAAAAUAAAAAUCACAAGGCAAUAAUGCAGCUUGAGAGGGGACAGUUUGUAUCCAGACAAAAGGAUAAAGUGGUGGCUAUAACAUGGAAGGACUCCACCCUCCUGAAUAUACUGACAACGUACUAUGAGGGCUAUAGAACCAAGAACCAAAGGGUUACCCGUUCCCUGCGCUCACAAGAUACUGGCAGGAAAGUACCAUACUCUCUCCCGGCCCCAGAAGCCAUUUAUGACUACAAUCUGUACAUGGGUGGAGUUGAUAAGUCAAACCAACUCAGGUCCUAUUAUACAGCCCAGCGCCAGUCAAAGAAAUGGUGGAAGUACAUGUUUUUCUACCUUCUGGAUACUGCUAUAUGCAAUAGUUGGAUCCUUUACAAAGAAUCAGUGGAUCCAAAGAAAACGCACAAGGCCUUCCAAAUUGAAGUUGGCAUGGCACUGGUUGGUGGGUUUUCAUCCCGGAAGCAGCAGACCAGAAAUUCUGAACCUGUCAUCAGCUCAUUCAAGAACCACCAUUUAAUCCAUGGUCGGUGCACCCGCGGCACAUCCUGCAGAUGGUGCAUUCAGUUAGGGAGAAAAACAAAAAAAGGUUGUCCUGUAUCGACUGUGUUCAGAUGUCAGGAGUGCAGCAUCAACCUAUGCAAAGGCUGUUUUCUGCCCUACCAUCAUGUGGCCACAGGAUGCCCAGACAGACCCAAGACAACACAGACAGAUGAAGAUGAUCUUGAAGAGUCCAGAAAAAGAUGGGAUCAUGACAGAAGAGAGAGUAAGGCAGUCAGAGGCGGGAGAAGAGGCGGUAAAGUUGGAACAAGAGGAAGAAGAGUCUAAAGAACAGACUACAAAUGUAUGAACUAUUGGGCCCCAGGGUGGGGGGUCUUGAUAGAGGACUUAGAAGACAUGUACAUGUAAGUUGACCAUGUUUUUUUUUUAUACUUGCAGCGUAGUAGUAGAAGUCUCAGAGUAGAAGAUAUAAAUUAUAUACCUGGCGUAUACUAUACUAUAUUAUUAUAGAAGCCGUGCAGUACCAUAAAAUCUGUAUUAGAAGCCGCAUCCCUAAUAGAAGUCGCAUCCAUUCUAUUUGAAUAAUUGAGAACCAAAAAUUCAUCAUUUCUCAUAUGUGUAGAUGCUCUAAUAGAAGCCGCAUCCCCUCUGUUGCAUUGUACCAUUUUAAUAGAAGCCGCGGCUUCUAAUACAGAUUUUACAGUACUUUGUUUUGCAGGUAAUUAGAUGUCAUAAUGUAGAUAGCCAUAUCUAAUAUAUAUGCUUUAUGUCAGAGUCAUUUUGAAACUACUUGGUACAGGGGGCAAAAAUAUAAGAAAAAUUGUCAACACAAGGGGUACGGUAAUAUUGUGUGUUUUAUGUAGCCAAGUGCUACUCCAAGUAGUGUGUGGUGACCCAAAAUGAACUUGUGUACAUCAGUCAAGUAGUUUAUUAAUUCAAGUAGUUGUCAAAUACUAAAGAUUGCACACAGCUGACUAAACUGUACUUUAUGGUAUUAAGGCUACCCCAAUGUUACACUAUAGUAAUUUGGGGUGGGCAAGUAUCAUGUUUUCAUAGUAUAUCAGUUACCACCAUGCAUUAACAGGCAUUUGACCUUGACACCCAGUGAGUAUAUUUAAACAUAAUAAUAAUAAUAAUAAUAAUAAUAAUAAUAAUAAUAAUAAU